GACAAGAACACCGACUAUAAGCCGUCCACGCAAGCAAAGCUAGUGCAGACCGAGUGGGCUAAAUGCGCAAAGUUGCAAGUUCUCCCGUUGCCUGGUGUGCGUGGCAAGGGAGCCCUGGUCGUCGCCACCGAACUGCAGCUGGAUCUGGUGCUAAAGUGCUGCAGCAAACGCGCAAGUGCGGUUAGCAUGGCACGGGGGCUUCGCAUGGCGCGCUUCCAGACUACUCCCACAUACUCACGAGAAGCCAUGUUGCUAACUGCAGACCUGGCCGCGCGUGUGCACGAGUUUGAGGCGCUCUUCGGGGGGCGUAUACGCAGUGCCUUCAGAGCAGUUGCAGAGCGAGGUGUGUCAUAGCGCGACGAUGCGAAAGCAAGACGAUGCGAAUGCACACAUGUUUGCCGAAGCAUUAACUUACCAUCAUUGCUCCGCGUACAGGCCGCCACGAGGACUUGCCAGGGCCAUCCAGUGCAGGCCGCGAUGUUGCAGGUGCGUAACAUGGCACAACUGUGCAGUUUGCUAUCUAUCUUUCCGGGACCCGGGCUGUCACGCAGGGCCGCAGACUGAUAACGACAACGAAGUCAAUAUCGGGUCGUGAGGCAUGGGUGAAUUAACCAGCUUUUGCGACGGCAGAACGAGUGCACAAUUUGCAUAUCAGGAUGUUACCGCUGUCCCAUUGUUAUUUUGCCUAUGCAGGGCGGAAUGCCGGUGCUGGGCCUUCCACUGCUGGGCUUUCCACAGCCGGGCCUUCCAACUAUGGACAACCAGGGCACCGGGACGAGGCGCAUUCAGAGACCACAGUGGUGGACGCGGAUGCCGAUGCCGUUAUGGACGGCGCCUACAACGUCAGCGAUGCGGAGUCAUCUGGUGCCACCACAGACGCCAGUACUGACGCCACUUUUGACGGCGUGGUUUCGUCAGGAGAUGAUGACGCUGGGGUGGACACUCCUGUACACGUUCAUGAUGGCACGCGUCGCAGACGGAGCGCCCGCUUGCAAGCGCUGCCCAAUGUGAUCCAACGGAAUGGUGCCGCAGUGCAAGCUGCUGCUGGGGGCACUGCCCGGCGGCGGCGGCGCGCACAGCCUGUGCAACACGAGGAGGAGUGCUCCCCCCCAGAGGAUCGUUCCCCAGCGGGCCUUUGGCAGCUAAGCUGGACAGGCGGCAGCCGCAACACCUACUCUAUUGCUGAGUGGCUGGCAAAGUGGAAGCGGAAGACCACCCUGCUGCGGUUUGACGGGCUGCUCAGCUGCGCGCUUUGCGGAUUCUCAGCCUUCGCCAUCGACCGCAGCAUGUUCAGCGCCGUGCCGACCCCACCUGGCCCAGGGGCCCAGCUGCCGCCGUACGCCUUCAUGAUGCCUGGCUGCGGCGGCACGAUGGUGGAAGACGACCGCUGGCUGGUGUGCAAGCAGUGCACAGGGACGGGCAAGAGCGCACUGCCUGUCACGGCCAGCGCCCGCCUGCACCACCUCCCUCACCUGACGCGGAACUACAUUGGCACCGUCCUCAACCUGGACCCCUUCUACCAGAUGCAGCUCAGCCUGGUGGAUGUCGGCGUGGGCUUCACUUCUUCCACUAUCGGGCACUAUAUCCCCAGGUUUGGUAGGCCCCACGCGCUGGCGACCGCGCUUGUCACAAGCCAUGGGAGCCAGCAGGAGCGGCUGGCCAUGCUGCCACAGGAGUUCGGGGACCUGCUCAGCUGGAGCAUCGACAACAACCCCCUGUAUGCGUCGUACCUGUCGGUCGUGGAGCGCGAAACGCCUGCAUCAGAGCUGCCGUUCCUGCCGCCGCACACCGUCGAGGAGAUCGUGCGGGCUGCUCGAGACCGUGGGCCUCUGCAGGAGACGGCCGACCUUGCGGCCGCUCGUGGGCGCAUUCGCAGCCACAUUGCGGCUGUUGUUCCCCUCCCGCCGCUCAUCCCUGUGAGGGCGUCACACGCGCCAGCGUCCUUCACGGUGGGCACGCUGGAAACCAGGCAAGGGCGGCAGUUUUUGGACGCCGCAGUUGCCGCUGACGGCCGGGCGCUUGCGCUGGGAGGCGGCGGCGCAGCAGCAGGGGCUUCAAACACUGCAGCUGCUGACGCCCUUGAUGGUGAAGCGGGCAGCGGGGACAGGGAUGCUGAGGGCCCCAAUGCUGACGGCCAGGCUGACGGCCAGCGCGUCUACGUCGGCCAAACCAGGAACUUGGCAGCCAGGCUCGCACAACACCGGCGGGCGCCGCCAGCACGGAUGCGCGCCGACGCCGCAGCCCACCAGCCCUUCCUGGAUUGCUUCGUGAUGGAGGUGCUGGCCACCGCCGACACGCAGCAGCAGGCCGACGGGCUCGAAGGGCUAUACAUGCGGAAGCUGGGGGCGAGGGGGCCUGGCGGGUACAACAAGCUGCCGGGCGCGCCCGUAGGCUGCAGGGCAUACUAUGCUAUGAUGGCCUCAAAGAAUAAGAAGCAAGGCGGCGGUUAGGCGGGAUCGGUCGGCUGCCGGCUGUUCCUGAUUAUUUAUGUAUGCGAUCAGAGUUGUUACUGCUUGGAGAAUCGCCUGACUCGAGCGAGCCCGGGUGUGUGCCAGACUUUGUCUUUGAAGUGAUUGUCCGCGUGACUUACCAUG